AUGGGCUCCAAACGAGCCCUACUCCUCCCAGGGGGCCCCAAACGAUCCCCACACUUCCCAUGGGGCCCCAAACGAGCAUUCACACCUCCCAGGGGGGCUCCAACAGAGCCCCACACCUUCCUGGGUUCCCCAACAGAGCCCCACACCUUCCAGGGGGCCCCAACAGUGCCCCACACCUCCCAAACGGCCCCAAAUGAGCCCAUUACCCAUAUGGGCUCUAAACGAGCCCUACACCUCCCAGGAGACUCCAAACAAGCCCUACACCUCCCAGGGCUCCCCAACAGACACCCACACCUCCCAGGGGGCCCCAAGCGAGCCCCCACACCUCCCAGGGGGCUCCAAACGAGCCCCACACUUUCCAGGGGGCCUCAUUCGAGACCCACACUUGCACGGGAGCCUCAAACGAGCCCCCACACCUCCCAUGGGGUGCCCCAAGAGCCCCACACCUCCCAGGGGGCCUCAUUCGAGACCCACACUUGCACGGGAGCCUCAAACGAGCCCCCACACCUCCCAUGGGGGCCCCAAACAAGCCCCCACACCUCCCAGAGGGCCCCAACAAAGCCCCAACCUCUCAGGGGACCCCAACACAGCCCCACACCUCCCAGGGGGCUCCAAACGAGCCCCACACUUCCCAGGGGGCUAAAAACGAGCCGCACACCUCCCAAGCGGGUCCCAAACGAGCCCCACACCUCCCAGGGGGCCUCAUUCGAGACCCACACUUGCACGGGAGCCUCAAACGAGCCCCCACACCUCCCAUGGGGUGCCCCAAGAGCCCCACACCUCCCAGGGGGCCUCAUUCGAGACCCACACUUGCACGGGAGCCUCAAACGAGCCCCCACACCUCCCAUGGGGGCCCCAAACAAGCCCCCACACCUCCCAGAGGGCCCCAACAAAGCCCCAACCUCUCAGGGGACCCCAACACAGCUCCACACCUCCCAGGGGGCUCCAAACGAGCCCCCACACCUCUCAGGGGGCCCACACAGAGCCCCACACCUCCCAGGGGCCCUUCAAACGAACCCUUACACCUCCCAGGGGGCCCCAACAGAGCUCCACACCUCCAAGGGGGCCCCAACUGAGCCCCACUCCUCCCAGGGGGCUCCCAAACGAGCCUUAAUCCUCCCAAGAAGCUCAAAACGAGCCCAACACCUCCCAGGGGGCCCCAAACGAGCCCACAUACCUCCUAGGGGGCCCCAACAGAGCCCCACACCUCACAAAGGGCCCUAA